AAAUAUAUUACAUUGAUUCUUAUUAAAAAAUGAGGAAUUCAGUUUGUACACGGGAAUUCGAUGGAAUGCGUUGUUCGAAGUGUGGAAUAUGAAAAUGUCACCAUAUUUGGGUGGGGGCAGCCAGCAUGGAUCGACGGUCGACACUGUCACCAUCUACGCCCAAUAGCCGAGGCAUGGACAAGUACGAACAGUUGGCAGUCGUGGGCGAAGGUUCGUACGGCGUGGUCCUGAAAUGCCGUCGCCGCGACAACGGACAGUUGGUCGCAAUAAAGAAGUUCCUCGAAACAGAAGACGACGCGGCGGUCAGGAAGAUGGCACUCAGAGAGAUAAGGAUGUUAAAGAAAUUGCGGCAUGAUCAUCUAGUGAACAUGAUCGAAGUAUUCCGACGGAAGCGGCGAUUCUACCUGGUGUUCGAAUACCUGGAUCAUACGCUGCUUGAUGAACUAGAAGCGUCUCCUGGUGGAUUAGGCGAAGAUACUGCCAAGAAACAUCUUUAUCAGCUGCUGAAGGGUAUCGAAUACUGUCAUCAAAAUUCUAUAAUUCACCGUGACGUGAAGCCGGAAAAUGUGUUGGUCUCCAACGCGGGUAUAGUGAAGUUAUGUGACCUAGGAUUCGCGAGGGCUCUAGCUGCCCCGGGCGAACCAUAUACAGAAUAUGUGGCCACUAGAUGGUACAGAGCUCCUGAGUUAUUGGUCGCAGAGCACAGGUACGGCCCAGAGGUAGAUAUAUGGGCCAUUGGGUGCCUAUUCGCCGAAAUGCUUACUGGGGACCCAUUGUUUCCUGGAGACUCAGACAUAGACCAGCUAGCGCUCAUUAUAAGGAUAGUCGGUAAGCUGGCGCCUCGUCACCAGCAAGUGGUGUCGCGGCUGGCGGCGGCGGCGGCGGGUGUGGGUGCGGCGCGCGGCGGGCCGGGUCUGCCAGGCGCUGGCGCGGCGCGUGACUUGCUGGCCGUAUGCUUGCGUACCGAGCCGCGCGCACGUCCGCCUGCUUCCGCACUCUUACGCCACAAAUAUUUUAUUACGGACGGCUUUGCGGAAAAUUUCAAUGCUGAACUGAGGAAAAAACUUGGCAAAGAAAUAGAGCCACCUCCAGCCCAACAAAAUACAGCACGACCACCUGGCAAACCUCGUCAGCAAUGGACACUGAGUAUAAUCCCGGAUCACAGUCGAUCUAGGACCGACAGCACUGCAGGCGAAUCCCUUAUAGACUACAACUACACUCCCACCUCAGAACUUCGAUUAGAGACCAGUUCAACAGAGAAGAAGACGCUACAUCAGCCAGCACCAACGCACGAAAAUACACAAUCUAUGGAUAUGUUGCCUCCACCCGCGCGUCCCGCCCUACCGCGCUCCCUCGCUCGUGCCAUCAACGACACUUUCCAAACGUUCCCAGUACCUGUAAAUAGUUACCCGCGUACGCCAUAUAUUAAAAAGGUGAACAACAAGCUGGUGAUGGAUGAAGAGUUACUGCGUGGUCGCGCUGUCACGAAGAAAACAAUCAAGAAACCGCCAGAACUUUCGCUACCAUACGUGCCAGGAGCGAGCAACAGCCCAAUGAAAAAAGCGAAGAACCCACCCGCGCACACCACCGGCUCAAAAUCAUACGACAUGUGGGUUACUUCGCGAGUGCCCGAACUGGCAACGAACGGGCGAUCACCCACUAACCUACCGUAUAUGUGACCUCACACAUUCGGGUUAUCGAGAGCUUACUACUGAUCCGAUCGCCCGGUUUUACACGAUUUUUAACUACUGUAUGUAAUAUCUCUAAUAAGACUGCUGUUAAAAAUAGUACUGAGGAUUGUCCAUAAAAUAUCAUUGGGAAUAAUAAUAAUCUCAGGAUAAUACAAGCAGCGCCAUCUAGAUCCAAGUUAAACUAUCUAAAACUUGUGUUAUGGGCACUAGAUAACUGAUACAAAUACAUAGAUAUUCUUUUUCGUAAAUACAUACAUAUUAUACACAGAAAACACCCAGAGCGAUACAAACAAUUAUACUCAUGAAUACAAAUGUUUGUGCCGUGCGAAGAAUCGAACCCGCGACCAUCGGAAGUAAGGCGGUGUGCUACACCACUAGAACAUCGAGGCCGUCAAAAUCUUCUUAUUCGAUACGAUCUUGACAGAACGGUCAUUUACAUAGCGUCUUUAUGUAGUGGUGUGAGAGGCAGAUUUUAUCCGCCGUACGACAGACCAUUUCACCCUACUGGUUGACAUACUGGUACACUCGUGUAGUAUUUACGCUGUCUAAAUUUUGCUCGUUUUGUAGCGUGUUGUGUAUGUAUCUACAAAAAAACUGGCGGUUUUUUUGUAGAUACAUACAAACAAACUCCGAUAUUUUUUUCACACACAGACACACAAGUUAACUUUAAUUAAACAUGGUUUUUAUAUGAUUGUAAACAUACUACAGGAAUACAAAAAUAGAGCAAAACUGUUGAAAAAUCGUGGCUGUCGCCUAUAGACCUGCAUAAUGUACAUAUAAAAUGCUUUGUGUUAAAAACAUGAGAAGUCCUUUACAAUUUCCCUUAUCUUCAUACUGCAUUACGACAGGCGCCCUCUACUAGACUUCAAAAAUAAUAAUUAGUUAAAAACA